AUGCUUUUUUUUCUGCUGUUCGGAGCUGUUACCCUUGCGGAACUUCAUUUUCCGGCUGAACAUCAUCUCAGCAAUAUUCGUCAGCUCACAUUUGGCGGACAAAAUGCUGAAGGAUAUUUUAGUUUUGAUGGUAAUUGGUUGACAUUUCAAGCAGCUGGCAUACCAGAAUAUGGCACAUCUUGCGAUCAGAUUUAUAAGCUUGAUUUGACUAUACCACCGGACAAACAAAUCCCGCAAAGAAUUAGCACAGGCAUCGGAGCUUGUACUUGUUCCUAUUUUUAUCCAGACAAUCAUCAUAUGAUCUAUGCGGGAACUUUUCAAUAUGCAAAUUUCACCUCAUCAAUUAAUAUUGAAAGUUGUCCGACAAAAACAUGUCAAACGCAGCGUGCUAAAAUAGAUCCGCAUUUAAGGCAUCUGUGUAAUACAAGUUAUACAUGGGAUCUAUUUCCAGAGUACGAUAUUUUUAAGGUGAAUGAGUUUGGUACAGUCAUAAGUCGCUUAACCGAUACAGUAGGAUAUGAUGCAGAAGGAGCUGUUUCACCGGAUGGUCGAAAAAUUGUAUUUACGUCAUUAAGAAGUGGUGACCCGGAAAUUUGGAUUAUGAAUUCGGAUGGAACGGAACCAAAACAGCUAACGGAUGAACUUGGUUAUGAUGGAGGUCCAUUUUUCAGUCCGGAUGGAUCUAAAAUUGUUUUUCGUGCAUCAAGACCGAAUACUAGCGAAGAAAUUCAAACAUACAAGGAUUUACUUUCAUAUAAUUUAGUGUCACCACUUGAAAUGGAACUUUACACGAUGAAUAUUGAUGGUAGCGGCUUAAGAAAGGUUACAUCUCUUGGUGGUUCCAAUUGGGCUCCAUUUUAUAUGCCGGAUAAUCGUCACAUUAUCUUUAGUUCAAAUUUCAAUGAAACUGGUGGCCAUUUUGGGGCAUUUAAUUUGUAUAUGAUUGAUGAAGCGGGUGGAAAUGUUGAACGAGUAACUUUCAAUGAAGGUGGAUUUGAUGCUUUUCCAAUGUUUGAUCGAACUGGUCAACGCUUUGUUUGGGGUAGUAGUCGAAAUGGACGUAGUCGAAGUGAAUUAAAUCUUUUCAUCGCUGAUUGGCAUGAUACUUAUACGAUGAAAAUUGGAAAUGACAUAAAAAAGGAAAAUUUGGCUAUUCCUAAUUUGCAACAUACUAUGAUGAAAAAAAAUUAUCCAACGAAGAUGAAGCGGCUUACUAAUGAUGACAUUAACAUAGCUGGUUCUUUCAGUUUCGAUGAUAAAAGAGUAAUUUAUGAAGGAUAUGGUACUCAUCUUUAUGAUGCAACGUGUGAACAGGUAUUCGAUUUAGACCUUACAAAUGCAUCACGAAGAAUCAGACGUGUAAGCACAGGCAUUGGUACUGCCCGUUCACCAGUAUAUAUAUCUGAUGAUAAUAUCAUAAUAUAUGCUAGUAAUAUUCUUACUGCUAAUCGUUCCGCUUUAAACAGUUGUCCACGACGAGCAUGUACCGAUGCAAGACAAUCAUGGAUAAAAGAAAUUUGUUAUGAUGGUGAAGCAAGUAUAUCCUCUGACGGAAAACAUAUCAUCUUUACCUCAAGGAGAAAUGGUGACCCUGAUUUGUGGAUCAUGGAUAUGGAUGGAAAAAAUGCUAAACAAAUAACAAAGGCUAUCGGUUAUGAGGGUGGUGGGAAAAUAAGUCCUGAUGGACGAUUCAUUGUUUUUCACGCUUCACGUCCAAAAUCACCCAUUCAAUUAAUCAAGUAUGGAUGGUUAUUGUGGCAGUAA